UCGAUAAAACUGCGGAUCAGAGCAUGCGUGAUGCACCACGUUAAAAGGCAGUCGAGUCGCGAUAAGCGAGUGUGCUACAACGAUCGAUUGAACCGUGUUGAUCAUCGAUCGUUGGAUAAAUUAUUAAAAUUUUUUCUUGCAUUUUUAAGCGUUUUUUACCGCUCCUCGUCCUUGGUAACUCAAUAUAAAAACCGCACAGCAAAUAUUAAUCGGUGCACAUCGAUGUUAGACAUCACGACCUAUGAAGUGUAAAGUUAUCAUUCCACGGUUGAUCGUGAGUGCGUGAUCGCUCGAACAGAGCAGUAUUUUCCAAUUUACUGGAAAGCAGAGUAAAGAGAUACCAUGAGGUACGUCGCGGCGCUCGACGUGGGCACCACCACGGUGCGUUUUCAUAUUUUGAACGAGAAGGCCGUUACGAUUGCUUCAUCGACAGAAAAGGUAGAACUGAUCUAUCCAGCACCUGGUUUCGUGGAGAUAGAUCCCGAUCAUUUAUGGCAGAUCAUAGUGAAAACAAUCAAGGAUACAUUAAACAGUAGCGGAAUCGACCCAAGGUCUAUCGUUAGCUUUGGAAUUUCAUCUCAACGUAGUAGUUUUAUUACUUGGAACUUGAAAACAGGAAAAUAUUAUCAUAGAUUUAUAAUAUGGAAAGAUCAACGUGCAGCCGCUUUGGUCGACGAAUGGAAUCAGUCGGUGACUAUGAAAGGACUGCGAGCAGGCGCGCAUAUUUUAUACAUGUUUACAAGAAGCAAACGCUUUUUGGCUGGCAGCGUUCUAAAAUUUAUGAAUAUACAGGUUACUUUAAAAUUAGUAUGGGUUCUCCAAAAUAUACCAGGUCUCCGAGAAGCUGCUGUUAAUGGAGAGGCAGUGUACGGAGGCGUGGAUUGUUGGCUUUUGUACAAGCUAACAGGAAGGCAUAUAAUGGAUGUUUCAUGCGCCUCAGCAACCGGUUUAUACGAUCCAUUUACAAUGGAAUGGGCCAACUGGGCGAUAGGUUUUUUGAAACUGCCACGCAGUAUUUUUCCAGAAGUGGUAGAUACAGCGGGAAAUUUUGGAGUCACACCCAAAUCUUUGUUUGGGAUUGAAAUUCCCAUUUGUUGUUCAAUGGCUGACCAAGCAGCAUCCUUGUUUGGUUCAGGAUGCUUCAAAUCUGGCGAUCUCAAAGUUACGAUGGGGACUGGCACUUUUCUAAAUGUUAACACUGGACGGGAAGCACAUGCAUCCGUUGCUGGACUUUAUCCAGUUGUCGGUUGGCGAAUCGGGAAAGAAUUAACAUAUGUAGCAGAAGGAUCUUCAAGCGACACUGGUAUACUGAUUGAAUGGGCUAAGUCAAUAGGAGUUAUAAACAAUGUUUCUGAAACGGCUGAUCUAGCAAAUUCGGUCAAUGAUUGCGAUGGAGUAUAUUUUGUUCCGGCAUUCAGCGGACUGCAGGCGCCUAUAAAUGAUUAUACAGCUGCAACCGGUUUUUUAGGAGUAAAGCCUACUACAAGGAAAGAGCAUAUCGUCCGUUCUCUACUGGAAAGCCUUGUUUUUAGGAUACAACUACUUCACGAAUGCUUAUGCAAAGAAACAUCCUUCACAUAUAAAAAAAUAAAGGUCGAUGGUGGAGUUUCUAAAAAUGACUUUAUUAUGCAAUCGUUAGCUGAUUCGACAGGAUUAGAAGUAGAACGACCGGAAUCUGUGGAAAUGUCCAUUUUAGGAGUAGCUUUCCUGGCUGGUUUACAAUGUGGAUUAUGGAAAAAUAGAGAAGAAAUAUUAAAACUUCGUCAAGUGGAUAGAAUAUUUAAGCCAAACGAAAAAUCACAAACAUCUUAUCAACAUGUGUUCAAACAGUGGAAGCGUGCGGUGGAGCGCUUCAAAAAUUGGUACUGACAAAGAUUUUUGAAUAACAAAAUUUUUUUGAUAAUAUAUACAAUAGGACAUAUGACGCAUAUUAAACUGAAGUUUUCUACCAAACUUUAAGAACAUCUGUGUUCCAAAUAUUGCAGAUUGAUAUUUUGUAAAGUUAAAUAUUACAGGUGUAAAAUUAUUUUGGGAUGCAUCAAUUGUUUUUUGAUAAAUUGAGGGUAUAUGUAUUAUAUAUCAAACAUUCCUGGUAAUCUAAGCAUAUAUGCAUUUGAUACAUUAAAUAUUAAAAUGUUAAUGUAAAUCUGUUAAUGUUAAAAAUUGAAAAUUAUAAUAUAAAAGAAAAUUGUUUAUUGUACUGUAAAAUUUUUAUUGUACUGUAAACCUUCAUGUAUAUUUACUAUCGUAUUGUAUCGUACAGACGCGUAACACUUCACACACAAGCUUCAAUUAAAAUGAAAGCCUUAAUGUUCGAUGAUAUCAUAGUAUCUAAAGGACAAAUAAUCAAGGACAAACAUAUCAUGUUCAUCCGCGUAAUAUAAGACCAUUGAAGGUCUCAUCAUAUUUAAACAAUUUUUUUUAU